CAAACUUAAGAACCACAACAACCAGAAGAGCCAGUGGCUGAAAAGCCACAACAAGUAGCUGUUGAGAUGGUUGUUGAUGCAGAGAAGGAGAUGGUGGUUGAGAAUCCUUUAACUCCUGGUGCCACACAAGAUGCUGAAAAAGAAAAAGGCUAUAAUGAAGAUGCUGAGAUGGAGACCGUUUCAAAAAACCUGGAAGAAGACGUAGGAGGGGAGUUUGUACCAAGAACAGAAUUUUUGAAGAGGUCACCAUUGAAGAAAAAGUCAGUAUUGAAGCGAAAAGCAAACAAGGCAGAAGAGGAUGGGAAGAAACCAGGAAGCAAGGUAAGAAGAAUCAAGGAAAGGACAACAUGUAAUCAAAGGACAGCCAGUGUACUACUCAAAGAUUGUGAGAUAGGGAAGCAGAAGAAGCAAAAAGACAAGCCUGAUGAGAAUAAAGUUGAAGAAGAAAAUCCCAGUACGUCUACUGGCUUGCCGUUCAGAAAAUUACCUCCGCUAGAAACAAUGGAAUGCUUUCAAGAUUACAAGGAUACAAUAGAACCAGCCAUGAUGGAAGUACUGAAGACAUACUUUGAGAAUGCCAACAGCCUAAAUUCGGCUUGGAGUAUCAGAGAAGGAGAAGACCCGCACUUGUGGGAUAUUCAGAUUCACGGAGAUAUAAUAAGGCAGCUAAUGAACAACGAAUACUUAGAAGAACAAGUAGUACGCUACUACAGUUAUAGGUUGUUCAAGAAGCGGGAAAAUGAAAAUAUGGCUGAUAGUGUUGAACAUAGGUAUGCGGAGUCUGCAUUCAUGAUGCCAGAUGCUUGGUUGUUGUGUCCGCAUAUCAAUGUUCUGGUGCAAACCAAGGGUCAAGCGCAAAGUUUUAAGGGAGGUUCUAUGGCUGAUGGCGAUAGGGAUGCCGAGGGCCAGAUGUUCCUCGAGACAGUCCCUUGUACCGAAAAAGAAAUAAGCCAGUCGCUUCUGCAUCCAGAUGUACAUGAUGAAUUGAUCUCAAACUGA